AUGCUUCUGGAAAUCCUGAAUCCGAUGCACUACAAUAUCACCAAAGUGGUAUCCGAAAGCAUCCCGACAGUAGCUACUCUACCACUCUUGCUCUUGAUGGGAUUCCUUUUCCUGAUCUGGACUUGCGAAGAAACAUCUUCCAUACCAGGACCUGGUUACUGCAUGGGACUUGGCCCCCUUAUCUCCCACGGGAGAUUCCUUUGGAUGGGAGUGGGCAGUGCCUGCAAUUACUACAACAAGGCGUACGGAGAGUUUAUGAGAGUCUGGAUCAAUGGAGAAGAGACCCUGGUCAUUAGCAAAUCAUCAAGCAUGUUCCACGUCAUGAAACAUGGACAUUACAGUUCUCGGUUUGGCAGCAAGCCUGGUUUGCAGUGCAUUGGCAUGCAUGAAAAUGGCAUCAUUUUCAACAAUAAUCCAACUCUCUGGAAAGAGAUCCGUCCAUAUUUCACAAAGGCCCUUUCUGGACCGGGUCUUGUACGGAUGAUAGCCAUCUGUGUCGAAUCAACAAUUGCACAUCUAGACCUGUUGGAGAAACAGACCACCGAGUUGGAACAUGUCAACACCCUGAACCUUAUGAGACGCAUCAUGCUUGACACUUCCAACAAGCUUUUUCUUGGCAUCCCUCUUGAUGAACAUGCCAUUGUGCUCAAAAUCCAGAACUACUUCGAUGCUUGGCAAGCUCUUCUCCUGAAACCUGACAUUUUCUUUAAGUUCUCCUGGUUCUACAAGAAGUACGAGAAGUCUGCAAAAGAUCUGAAAGAAAGCAUCGAGACCUUAAUUGAACAGAAACGACAGAAGCUCUGCACCACUGAUAAGCUGGAGGAACACAUGGAUUUUGCUUCAGAGUUGAUUUUUGCCCAGGACCGCGGUGAGCUGACCGGCGAAAAUGUGAACCAGUGUGUCCUGGAGAUGCUCAUCGCUGCCCCCGAUACAAUGUCCGUGACCCUCUUCUUCAUGCUGGUGCUGAUUGCAGAGCACCCUCAGGUGGAAGAGGCCAUGGUGAAGGAAAUAGACACGGUGAUGGGUGACAGGGACAUCCAAACGGACGACAUGGGGAAGCUCAAAGUCGUUGAGAACUUCAUCUUGGAGAGCAUGAGAUACCAACCUGUGGUGGACCUGGUCAUGCGCAAAGCCUUGCAGGACGAUGUGAUUGAUGGCUAUCCUGUAAAGGAAGGGACCAACAUUAUCCUGAACAUCGGGCGCAUGCAUAAACUGGAGUUCUUCCCGAAGCCCAACGAAUUCUCCCUUGACAAUUUCGAAAAGAGCGUCCCCCAUCGUUACUUUCAGCCCUUUGGCUUUGGUCCCCGCGGCUGCGUUGGGAAGUUCAUUGCGAUGGUCAUGAUGAAAGCCAUCCUGGUGACCCUCUUGAGAAGGUGCAGCAUCCGGACUCUGAAAGGUGAAGGCCUUAAUCACAUUCCCAAAAACAAUGACUUGUCCCUACAUCCCAACGAAAGGCAGCCGCUACUGGAAAUGAUCUUCACACCAAGAAAAUCCCUGGGCAAGAACGAGCGGGAUAAAUAA